CACCCACACACAAGGAAUAAGAGGCACUGUACCACAUUAGCACUUCUGCUGCUCUAAGUCAGUGUCAAACUCUCUAGGUGUCUGUAUGAGUUCUCAUUUGCCAAAUCAGCUCUGAGGGACAUUGUGAUUAAGAGGCUGAACUGAUCUCAUUGACAUUUUAGAUUAGCACUCUCUGCAGGGCUCCCCUGCCCCCUCUCUGCAAGCGUCUCUGUCACUGAUACAGGAUUAAGAUAGCACUUUAAGUAAGCACGUUGCUCUUCCCCCAGUGAGGAUGAUGAUGGUGAGUGACGACUGUCUGGUGGAGUGUGAGAUCGAUGACAGUGAUGAGGACGAGGGAGAACAGAGAAACACUCCUCCACCUCCUCCUCCUCCAGAGUUUGCAUCCAAAGCCCCGACUCCAGCGCCCAAACCUCCGACCCCUCCCACAACCCCUGCUACGCCAACACCCACCCCCACCCUCACCCCCACCCCCACAGGUCCUGUCAACAGGGACCCUUAUGGCAUCAACCAGCACCUAAAGGUGGAGGUUAGUGACGUACUGGCGGAGCCCGCCACACCUCGUAGCAUAGACCAAGUGUGGCUCUACAGUGUCGUUGGCUUCGAGAAGGCUCGUAUCUGGACGUACCGCUGCCUCUCCUUGCUGUUUGCUGUGCCCUUCGCUCUCCUGUGUGGUAUUUUCCUGGCCAUUCUUGCCUGUCUACAUGUCUGGUUUGUGGUGCCUUGCAUACAGCUGAGCAACACCUUCCUUCCAUGCCUGCGGUCCUUGUGUAUGUGUGCUGUGAAUGCUUUCAUCUCUCCCUUCUGCACGUCUCUCGCUCUCUGCUGCAGUCAAAUAGCCAUUUCCCUGUCGAACAAGGACUGGCAUCCAAUGAGAGAGAAAGAGGCCGUAUGAAUGUGAGAAAUAUUGAGUGAUACUGAGUGGCCGAGUGAAUGACUGAGUGUGCGAAAGAGUGAGAGAAUUUUGGUUAAAUUUGCUUGCAUCUUUUUUAGGUUUUUGAUUGGCACAGUUCUACAACCCAAUGGUAAUGCUAUUUGAUAUGUUUUCUACACGUAAAGCCAAUUCAUACAAAUUAUUAUUAUUAUUAUUAUUAUUAUUAUUAUUAUUAUUAUUACUAUCAUUAUUGCAGUUUAUUUUACACUGACUUCAGAUGUAAUUCUGAGAAAAUUGUAUCAAGUUAUCAAUAAAAUGAAUGUCCUUGAAUAAG